AUGAAGACAAAUCGAAGAUGCAGAGCCCUGCUAGCAGUGAGUCUGAAUCUGAUGGCUCUCCUCUUCUCUACAACAGCUUUUAUCACGACCCACUGGUGUGAGGGCACACAGAGGGUCCCCAAGCCGAGCUGUGGGAAAGAGAAGAAGACAAACUGCCUCAACUACGGCGGGAAUGAGACUGCAAAUGAGACGAACCAGAAUGUGGUUCAUUACAGCUGGGAGACGGGAGAUGACCGCUUCCUUUUCAGGUAUUUCCACACUGGGAUCUGGUACUCCUGUGAGGAAAAUAUCAAUGCUGCUGGUGAAAAAUGUCGAAGUUUUAUUGACCUUGCCCCGGCUUCUGAAAAAGGUGUGCUGUGGCUCUCAGUGGUGUCCGAGGUGUUGUACAUCAUGCUGUUGGUCGUCGGGUUCAGCCUCAUGUGCCUCGAGCUCUUUCAUUCAAGCAGUGUCAUAGAUGGGCUCAAGUUAAAUGCCUUUGCUGCUGUCUUCACUGUGCUUUCAGGUCUCCUGGGGAUGGUGGCACACAUGAUGUACACUCAAGUUUUCCAAGUGACAGUCAGCCUUGGGCCAGAGGACUGGCGACCACAUUCCUGGGACUAUGGAUGGUCCUUCUGUCUGGCGUGGGGCUCCUUCACCUGCUGCAUGGCGGCCUCCGUCACCACCCUCAACUCUUACACUAAGACUGUCAUUGAGUUCAGACACAAGCGCAAAAUCUUUGAGCAGGGCUUUCGAGAAGAGCAGAACUUCCUAGACCAGGAAGCCAUCAAGUACUUCAGAGAAAGGGCUGAGGAGGAGAGGGCUGAGGCUGGGGACCUGAGGUUACAGUGCCUCCAUAGCUGCUCCCCAAAUAGGCUUCACAACACCCAGCUCUAAGUGUCACUAGCCCACAGAGGAACAGGAGUGACCAUAAUGCUCAGAAAAUACCCCCAUUCGCUACGUCAAGCUCUUCCAGCGACACAUCAAGCAGCUCUUCACUCUCAUCAGAACCAACCAGCCAGAUCUCCAUGGUUCAGGAUCAAACCCUGCUGGACAUCACCUCCAUCACUAGAUUGGCCCCAGGGGAAUCACCAAACCCUCAAGCACUUGAGCAAAGAGAUACAAAUUUAGCAAUACCGUGUUCCAGCCCACUCGGAGCAAGGACUAUUCCAGCAUCUUGCCCAGCCAGCCUCAGGCUCAAUCUAACACCCAGCUCAGCCAAGCCACAGCAAUACUCUGACUCCUCUCCUGUCAGCCCAGGGAUCAGUGCAGCUUCCUUCUCCACCUUCUGUCCUCACACAGCACAAAACGUACGAGCUUCAGCUUCAGAUCACACACUGACCCCAACCAAGACAAGCACAAGGCCUCCAGCAAAAGCGACUCCUGAAGAGAGUUCCCAGGCUCCCGGCUAUUCUAAAACUGAAUUAAAGAAUACAGGAAAGGGGUUUGAAUCAGAUCUGGAAGAUCCUGAUCAUGAGAGGAGAUUUGUAACCACACAGGAAUUCCAAGCCAUGGAGAAAGAGCUAGAGGAUGUAAAGGAAGACCUGAAAUGCCUGAAGUGGAAGGUGAGACACAUCGGGGAGACGGUGCAGCCCCUGGCUGAGGACAGCAAGAGGUACAACGGCUACACCCUGACGGAGCUCAAGGCCAUGGUGCAGUUUGAGGAUGACCCUUACAAGGCUGCCCACAAGAUCCUCACCGUCCUCUUCAGCGAUGUCUACUGGCCACAGCGCCCAGCCGCCGAGCAGGCCUGCAACUCCCACUCCCUGCCCAAGCCCAAAAUAGACCCAGAGCUGUACAUGGUCUACUGUGACAUUCUGAAAAGCAUAUUCCCUGGAAUAAGCAGCCAGACCUUGAGGGAAGAGACACAAGACAUGCAGAAAGGCACCCAGAGAGCA